GAAUAAACCCCUUAACCUCAUUCCACCAGCUGGUAAGUCACUGUUAGCAUAGUUGUUGAGAUAUCACGCACCACACCGACUCCACUUUUCGGAGACGAUCAAUAAAGGUACUGUAUGCAUGUGUAUGGAUGUAUCAAAGGUGACUAGAGGUAAAUGAGGCCGCAGUCUAUAUAACAUCUAUAUGAAUAUAGAUAACUGAAUGGUGAAGUUUAUCGGUCCUGAUAACAGUUCACCAGCUCUUAAGGUGAGUGUUGUUUAAUCAAGUUCCUGUUUUGAAUCAGUUUAACAAAAACUCAGAAUCCUUGCGGCUUUAAAUGCUAGUAUUCAAUGCCGUCUCUUGAUUUCUUCGUUUAGGGAUCGAACUUGGUCAAACAGUUUUCUUUCUAAUGUCGUGUUAACUUAAUACUGGAAGACAAACCUUGGCCUUGGGUCAAUGAUUAUGCUAACAACUGAUGCUCUAGCUACGAUAACGAAGACCUGAAUAAAGUCAUUAAAUCAACUGUAGUAAAACAAAUUAGCCACCGUUGUAUGAUUCAAACUAACCGCUGUAUCUCCAAUAAUCUUUGCGGAAAAAAAAGCUUACGUUGCACUCUUAUAUGGUGUACUAGCAACAGGAAGCUAUAAUACAUAACAACAUUGCUGGCGAUUUUUCGCUCACUACUCAUUUCUACCGAUCAAGCGUACUUGACCUUCGAUGCAAAAUGUUUUAAAAACUGACCACGGAGCGUUUUUGAAGCAUCCUUGAUUUUAUAAAUGUAUGCGAAUACAUGUGGUAAAUUCAGCGGAAAAUGUUCACUAUACGCUUGUGUAAGCAUAAAGGCUUAUGCAAAAAUCAACUUUACUACAACAGACUAGACUCCAACCUACAUUACCAUACCGUAAAAUUCCGAAAAUAAGCCCUGGGGCUGAUAUUUUUGAAGGGCCCUUUUUCAGGGGCUUAUUUAUGGAAGGAAAUUUGCGUUUCAAAAUCGAUUGGGCUAGCCUUAUAGUUAGAAGGACAUUUACCCGUUUUUGCUUUGUUUUACUUUGUAUUUGAGGGCAAUUUCCAAGUACAAGCCCCCGGGGGGCUUAUAUUUGGAGGCGCUUAUACAUGGAGGGGCUCAUUUUCGGAAUUUUACGGUACGUUGUCAGUGUUGCCUAGGAUCGAUAACACACCUGACCGGCAAAACCCUGGCUCUAAAAGUCCUUUAUCGGAUGAAAUAAACCGUUCUCACGGGUUAAGGAAAGGGUGUAAAGUAAUUUAUAAUAAUAAAAAUAAUUUAAACAUAUUUAUACAGAAUUGCUGCAUCAGUUUUAAGAAAAAACUGCUAUCAAUGCAGGUCCUGUAAAAAUAUAAAAAUUAAAAACUAAAAUUUAAAAAAAAGAUUAAAAAUAAAUUUACAUACCAUAGAUGUCAAAAAACACAUCUGGCACCAAAAACUGAAUCCGGCAAAGAUUUUUAUUGAGGUAUUUGUCGCAGUCAAAUCAAUGCCGGACGGAAAGAGACAACAUCGAACAAGAACUCUAUAGACCUACCUCCUUAUAGAGGCCUCGAUAGGUAAAAGUGGAUGUUGGAAUCAAAAUUGAUGCAAAAAGACAUUGGGAUCUGAAAAAGAGGAAGGGAAAAGUAAGAUGUGUACCAUCCCCACCCCCAACCCCCCCCCUCCCUCACGCUUGGGAUCCUUUUUGUUUACAAUUAUUCUGUCUUUAUAUUCCAAAGGCGAACAAUAGCUAGGUGCAGCAGACGAAAGACUAUGACAAAAAGACGACAGCCUAGUGAUACGCAAAACUGUGGCCCACCCGAGAUCGAUUAUACUAAACUACCUGCCGGGGGUCUGCUGAAAACAAGGGAACUGCCAGGCCCAACAGACGCGAAGCUUUGGAAUGAAGUACUACUGACUGUACUUCCAGUUGAUGUUUUGCUACUGACGGUGGAGGAUUUGGAAUUCUUGAGUUGCGUUUCUCAUCUAAACCGGGGAUACUUUCGGAGUAAUCAUGGCAACCUUGGAACGGUAUACUUUGGGAAGAUGGGUACGGGCCCAACCUUCUUGAAAAUCGCUGUGAUGAAAUGUCAUUCAGGCCCUCUGACUCCGGGAGGUGCCUUAAUAACUGUGAAAAAUGGUGUUGAAGUGUUAAGACCCAAAGCUGUCUUUUGUGUAGGGUUCUGCGGUGGCUUACGCAAAAAAAAAGUCAGCUUGGGAGAUGUGGCAAUUUUAGCGAAGCUGAGAACAUACUCUUCUAUAACAACAACGGACAAUGGGAUUCAAGAGCGUGGCCUUGCGGUUCCGUUGGAGAGGAAUCUUUUGAACCUCAUUAAAAACGCUGAUGAUGGCUGGAAGGCGCCGCUAAAAGAUUCCUCGGAGGUAAAAGUGUGGAAAGAUGGCGUGUAUUUGAGCGGACCCGAGAAGGUAGAAAGUGAAGGAAGACGCGAGGAACUCGUGAAACGAUUCCCGGAUGCGAUUGCUAUAGAAAUGGAAGGGCAAGGUGAGAGUCUGGCAAAAGUUCAGCAGCGGGACUGUUCAGUUUUCCUAGAAAACUCUCCUUCGGGAAAAGAGAAGAGUUAACCCCUAGUACCCCUCUGAAUUAUGUGUGGAUUCCUGAUCCACCCGGUUCAGACUGUCCCCGGUUCAUUACUCCUGAUAAUGUUCCAAGGCAAUAAAUAGACCGAGUAUCUGGCCUUCCUUUGAGGUUAGGGGAGAGGGAAUUUUAAAGUACGGGGAGGGAAAAUAGAGGGUGAACUGUCGUGAACUGUCUCCUUGCUUCCCUUUCCCCUCCCCCAUAAACGCCUGAUACCCAAACUAGGGCAAAAUAGGCAAUUUUGAGGCCUGAAAUAGGAACCCACUGCUCCCUUGGCAAACAGUUCUUCAACUUUGAUCUGGAAUGACAUUUCCUGCUGUACAGAAUAUGCAAAGAGACAAAGAGGUGGUUUUUUGAUUGCCUCAAGCCAAUAUUCAAAUUUAGCCUAAAGGUUAGUGCGACAUAGGCCACAAGUCUACACUAGAACAAACUUAGACCAAAAAAGCUAGAAGAAGAAACUUUUAAGAACUCUGAGAAAAUAACAGCUGUUACCCGGGUACUUAUGAACCGGGUUUAGUUUUUUUUAACCGGUCUUAUCUACAAUGUCUAUUGCAGGUCUGUUCUUAGCCGCACACGACUUGAAGGUCGAAUGGAUUGUUAUCAAAGGAGUCUCUAACUUUGCUGAUGGCAAGGAAACUGAGCCUUGGAAAAAAUUUGCGAGUGUAAUGGCAGCUUCACUGACUGCACACAUUCUAAGUAAUCCAAUUGUUUUUGAAAACUGGCCUCAUUAUAACGGUAAGUAUGCUGCAGCCUAGUCCUCAGUCCAGUUCGCGCUAUCCGAGUGAGCGGAGAGGGCUUGGAGAAAAGAAGGAGAAGAAAUAAGGAAAAAAAAAAUGAAAAAAAGCAAAAAUCAGCAAAGAAGAAAAACGGGGGCAAUUUUGGUUAAAGAUCUUGGCAAAACAAGGACUUACUCGUGACAUGUGCCUAAGUUCUAUGAACUUGCCAAGGGAAUAAAGCGGGCGAGACAAUUACACUUUUAGUAUUCCAAUUCCACUAAUCCAACGGGUCAAAUCUUGAUUUCAGGUGACUGAAGGCCGGCUUGUGGAGAUCAUGAAUUAAAAAAUGAGGUGAAACGAUUUUAUCUCAGUUCACUCAAUUCAUAGGCUAAGAAAAAAGCAUUUUUUAAAGCAAAGUUAGAUUUGUUAUUUCCGAGUUCUGUAAUUAUUUCUUCAGUUAGUAUAUUUUGGGGGCAAUUUGUUUACUCUAAGCGACGUUCUGACAGCGGCAGCUAGCCUGCACCCUGCCAAAAGCGGAGUAGUUAUCAUUUUGGGUUUACCUAAUGAUAUUGUUGGCACGUAGAUUUUUCAAUGGGCAAAUUAGAAAUAUUCCUUGUAUUAACCUUUCCUUUUUUCAUUUAUCUACAGCGUGUGGAAAGUGCCCGUGGUGGAUCAGACUUUUUGGCAAAAGUAGGAGCUGGUGUACCCGCCGAUGUCAAGUGA